CGAGCUCUGGAUACGCGGAUUAUCCCACUACACUGGAUUUGACCUCAGCAUCACUCCACCGCGCUCCAUCACUCGAAAUGUGGAUUUAAGGUGUUUUGAGAACAUUUGUAGAAUAAACCGGAUUCUCCACCGGUGGAGUACAAUCUGCAUCAUAUAAGAUCAGGCAAAAGAAGGACCAAUGUGGCCAUUAACAUGCAGCGAUAUAAUAGAAUCAGAAGCAAUAUGGAGCAUCUCUGUUUUAAUCCAGAAAGUCGACUCAAGGGAACAUCAUCAGUAAAGCCCAUCUAGAUAGCAGAAGCAGACCAGUUGUCCACUUCUAAUAUCAAGGCUGUUUGGUUUGUUUGGAAUUCAUCCCAGUACCGUUAAACAGGAUUUAGGAUAGCAUGUGUCAAGAACCUCAAUGGCCUCACCUUCUUCAUUCAUAUGGUUAUCAUCUAAAGGAUUUGAUGUUUCUUCAGUGACCUCCUAAUCAUUUGCCAGAAAAGAUAACUGAGGAGUUUUAUUUUGUUCAUUGCACUCUUGUAGCAUAACCGCUGGUUACCAUGCCUCCCAUUUGCCGGCCCCAUUGUAUACUAUUACUAUUCAGCACCUUCCUGAGUCUUGGUUUGGGCCUGGAGUUCACAGGUUCAGAGGCUCAGUGGGCACGCUAUCUUCGCUGGGAUGCCAGCACCAGAAGUGACCUCAGCUUUCAGUUCAAAACAGCUAUAUCAGAUGCACUAGUUCUCUACUUUGACGAUGGAGGAUAUUGUGACUUCCUGCUCCUGAGUAUUGAGGAAGGCAAGCUGAAGUUGCGUUUUAGCGUGGACUGUGCAGAAACCACUAUAACCUCCGACAAGAUGGUAAAUGACAGUCGCUGGCACUUUGCCACUAUCAGCAGGCACAACUUGCGAACCGUGUUGGCGCUGGAUGGAGAGUCAAAGGUGGACGAGGUGAGACCACAAAGGCAGUUCAUGAAGAUUGUCAGUGACCUGUAUCUUGGAGGAGUGCCUCAAGACAUUCGGACAGCUGCCCUAACACUACCGGCGGCUAAGGAGAUGCCACCGUUCAAGGGGAUUAUUACAGACCUGGGCUACGGGAAUCAGGUUCCAACACGCCUGGGGAGCCAAAAUGUCCGGUUAGAGAUGGAAGGCUUGUGUACGGAGAACCCCUGUGAAAAUGGAGGCAGUUGCAGAAUGGCUGACGGUGAAGCUUACUGUGACUGCUCCAAAACAGGAUAUGUAGGUCGUUACUGCAAUGAAGCUGUGAACAAAACCCCUGGGUUCGCGCAUAUGGUGAAGUCUCCGCAAGCACGCGAGGACAAUGUGGCAACAUUCCGGGGUGCAGAAUACUUCUGCUAUGACUUGUCUCAGAAUCCUAUCCAGAGUAGCAGUGAUGAGAUCACUCUGUCCUUCAAAACUUGGCAACGCAACGGUCUCAUCCUCCACACGGGCAAGUCGGCUGACUAUGUUAACCUAGCGCUGAAAGACGGUGCCGUUUCAUUGGUCAUCAACCUGGGCUCAGGAGCCUUCGAGGCUAUCGUUGAGCCUGUCAAUGGAAAGUUCAAUGACAACGCCUGGCAUGACAUCAAAGUGACACGCAACCUGAGACAGCAUUCAGGCAUUGGACACGCUAUGGUAAACAAACUACAUUGUCUGGUGACUAUAUUGGUGGACGGUAUAUUGACCACCACAGGAUACACGCAGGAGGAUUACACAAUGCUGGGCUCAGAUGAUUUCUUCUAUGUGGGGGGAAGCCCAAGCACUGCCGACCUGCCUGGAUCUCCCGUCAGCAAUAAUUUCAUGGGCUGCCUGAAAGAGGUGGUCUACAAAAACAAUGACAUACGACUGGAACUCUCUCGCCUGGCCCGCAUCGCAGACCCCAAAAUGAAGCUACAAGGGGACGUGGUGUUUAAAUGUGAGAAUGUCCCCACCCUAGACCCUAUCUCUUUUGAGACACCAGAAUCCUUCCUCAGCCUGCCCAAGUGGAACACCAAGCGUGUGGGCUCCAUUUCCUUUGACUUUCGCACCUCAGAGCCCAACGGACUAAUCCUUUUUACGCAAGGUAAGCCCCAGGACAAGAAAGAUGCUCGUAGCCAGAGGAGCAACAAAGUGGACUUCUUCGCUGUGGAACUUCUAGAUGGAAAUCUCUAUCUUCUGCUGGACAUGGGAUCAGGAACUAUUAAAGUCAAAGCCACACAGAGUAAGGUUAAUGACGGAGCAUGGCACCAUGUGGACAUCCAGAGAGAUGGAAGAUCAGGUAUCAUCUCUGUGAAUAGCCGUCGGACUCCAUUCACUGCCAGUGGAGAGAAUGAGAUUCUAGACCUGGAGGGUGACCUAUAUCUCGGAGGUCUCCCAGACAACCGUGUCGGCCUGGUGCUUCCCACCGAACUGUGGACCGCUAUGUUGAACUAUGGCUAUGUGGGCUGCAUCCGUGAUCUUUUCAUAGACGGUCGCAGUAAAGACAUUCGCCAGAUCGCAGAGGCACAGAACGGAGUUGGAAUCAAGUCAUCCUGCAGCAAAGUAACAGGCAAACAGUGUGACAGCAACCCCUGCAAAAACAACGGCAUCUGCAAAGAGGGCUGGAAUCGGUUCAUCUGUGACUGCACCGGUACCGGAUACUGGGAUCGAACCUGUGAGAGAGAGGCAUCUAUCCUAAGCUACGAUGGCAGUAUGUAUAUGAAGGUGGUGAUGCCGACGGUAAUACAUACAGAAGCAGAGGAUGUGUCUCUGAGGUUUAUGUCCCAGCGUGCCUUUGGCCUGUUGAUGGCUGCCACAUCACGUGAGUCCGCAGACACACUACGACUAGAACUGGACAGCGGCCGUGUCAAACUGACCGUCAAUUUAGGUAAAGGACCAGAGACAUUGUAUGCUGGCCAGAAAGUGAACGACAAUGAUUGGCACUCAGUCAAAGUGAUGCGGCGUGGUAAAAACCUCAAACUCAUGGUGGAUGAUGAUGUAGCUGAAGGUCAGAUGAAUGGUGACCACACUCGGCUGGAGUUUAGUAACAUUGAGACCGGAAUCCUGACAGAACGUCGGUUUGCCUCCACAGCUCCAUCCAACUUCAUUGGUCACCUGCAAGGCCUAAAGUUCAACAGCCUCCUCUACAUUGACAUGUGCAAGAAUGGGGACAUCGAAUUCUGCGAGCUCAAUGCUCGUUUUGGCAUGCGCUCCAUUGUGGCCGAUCCAGUUACCUUCAAGACCAAAGGAAGCUAUCUGGGUCUUGCUACACUCCAGGCUUAUAGCACCAUGCACCUCUUCUUUCAGUUCAAAACUACCUCGGGUGAUGGAUUCAUUCUCUUCAACAGUGGAGAUGGGAAUGAUUUUAUUGCCGUGGAGCUUGUCAAAGGGUAUAUUCACUAUGUGUUUGACCUGGGAAAUGGACCGAGUCUUCUCAAAGGAAACAGCGACAGUCCUCUUAAUGACAACCAGUGGCACAAUGUGGUGAUCACUCGAGAUGCCAGCAACACACACACACUAAAGGUGGACGCCAAGUCUGUCAGCCAGGUGGUCAACGGAGCGAAAAAUCUGGACCUGAAAGCACAUGAUAUUCCUGUCUCCUCCAUAUCAGGGCCCAGCAGUACAUGCCAGGAGGAUUCAUGUGUCAACAUGGGUGUAUGCAUCCAGCAGUGGGAGAACUUCACCUGCGACUGCUCCAUGACCUCUUACUCUGGCACCCAGUGCAAUGACCCUGGAGCAACGUACAUCUUUGGAAAGGGCGGAGGACUUAUCACAUACACAUGGCCCAAUAACGAGAGGCCCAGCACUAGAACCGAUAGAUUGGCGGUGGGCUUCAGCACCACCAUCAAGGAUGGGAUUCUGGUCCGCAUUGACAGCGCCCCCAGACUAGGAGACUACAUCAUGCUCCAUAUCGAAGAAGGAAAGGUGGGCGUAACGUUCAACAUUGGCACAGUGGACAUCAGCGUCAAAGAGCUGAAUACAGAAGUCAACGAUGGAAAAUAUCAUGUUGUACGCUUCACAAGGAAUGGGGGAAACGCCACCUUACAGGUGGACAACUGGCCAAUCAACGAGCACUUUCCAUCAGGCAACAGCGACAAUGAGCGUUAUCAAAUGGCUAAUAAGAAAAUCCCAUUCAAAUAUACCCGGCCGGUCGAAGAUUGGCUACAUGAGAAAGGUCGUCAGCUGACCAUUUUUAACACCCAAGCCACCAUCUCAAUAGGCGGUAAUGACCGCAAGCGACCGUAUCAAGGCCAGCUCUCUGGUCUUUAUUACAAUGGCCUGAAGGUUCUCAACAUGGCAGCUGAAGGUAAUGCUAACAUCAAGAUAAAUGGCAGUGUGAGACUGGUGGGGGAUGUGCCCACCAGCAGAAGCCCCUCACGUACCACCACCUCCAUGCCCCCAGAGAUGUCCACCACCUUCAUUGAGACCACCACCACCCUGUCAACCACCACUACCCGCAAGCAGCGCUCACCACCCACGAUUCAGACAACGGACGACAUUGUGUCCUCUGCAGAAUGUUCCAGCGAUGACGAGGAUCUGGAGGAGUGUGACGGGGGACACACAGGAGGGGAGUUAGUUAUCCCUGUUCUAGUUGAGGAUCCCAUAGACAUCCCCCCUGUUUCCACUCGAGCCCCUUUCAUCCCCCUUCCCCUGACCCUUCACCCCGUCCUCACCAUUAUUGAGACCACCAAAGAGUUCCUGUCAAUUGCCACCGAGGCGGGGGUACCUUGCUUGUCGGACCAAGGCAGCGAUGAUUGUGAUGAUGAUGAUGGUGAUGAUGAUGGUGAUGGCUUGGUGAUAUCGGGGUUUGGCUCUGGGGAGGCCUUCGACUCUAGCCUCCCCCCUACUGAUGAUGAAGAUUUUUACACCACCUUCUCCCUGGUAACAGAUAAGAUCUUGACCACGUCGACCUACGAAGGUGGCUACAAAGCUCUCGCGCCCAAGUGGGAAGUAAAGGACUUUAAACCUAGCAAGGCCUCUGAGGCAGGCAGGACUACGGCCAUCCCGCCUCUGCCUGACUUCAGGAGCUCAGCUGCAUCACCCGUCACGCUCGAGACCGCUCCUAAAAUCCCAGCUGGGAAAAUGAACAACCGUGAAAUCAAACCCCAACCGGACAUAGUGCUACUACCACUCCCCACGUCUUUCGACAUGGACGGCACCAAACCGAAGGGGCCGUACAUCACCCAGCCCAUGUUGCGCACCAUCCCCAGUGCUCUGCCCACCGUGCCAGGUAUCAGGAGAGUGCCUCCUGGUGCCUCAGAGGUAAUACGUGAGUCCAGCAGCACUACGGGUAUGGUGGUGGGUAUCAUCUCUGCUGCCGCCCUGUGCAUCCUCAUCCUCCUCUAUGCCAUGUACAAAUACAGGAACAGGGACGAGAGCUCCUAUCAGGUAGAUGAAACACGGAACUACAUUAGCAAUUCUGCACAGAAUAAUGGCACAGUAGUCAAAGACAAACAGCCCAACACUAAGGGUGCCAGCAACAAGAGACCCAAAGACAAGGACAAGGAAUACUAUGUAUAAAACAAAAAUCCAAAUGGCAAAACACAGAGACAGAACACCAUCUGAGAAAUCUUGAACAGAAAACAAUGAUUUUACACAGAAAAUCCUUUAAAAGCUCAAACACACUGAGUCAGAAUGAACCCAUUUCCGAGUUAUGUGAUUUGAAGCACACUUAAGCAUACGGUAAGCAUAGGGAGAAGGCAAAUAGGACUCUGGGGACCUUGAUACCUUACUUUCUGUCUGGUUGUGGGACAAUGCCAGUGUAAAAUAUCUCAUUGCAACAUUGUUAUCCCUCAAGUGACUUUCUGAGGUACAAAAUCCUUGGUGUAAAAAAAAAAGGAGAGAAGGAAAAAAAAGGAAAAAAAACAAAGCAACCCUUGUCCAUUGUAACCCUGUACAAAUCAAUGAUGAUCAUGGGUAAUGGUCAUGAUUUUGGACAUGCAUGUGAUGUGUGUGAUGUAGUACUGAUAUCUUUGCAAAGAGGAGAAAUAGAAGAUGUUGUUUUGGAGAUGCAAAGUGGGAAAAUUUGCCAUAAAACAGUACCUUUCUAACCCAUGCUGGAGAAGAAGUGUUCCAUUAAACAAAUGGUUUUACUGUCUUUUUUUAUUGUCUUUUUUUGGAAUGUGUUUCAGGGCUUUACUGUGGAAAAAUGACUUUUUUAAUUGUAUUAACGUACUCAUUUUUGUUUGUUUCUGCUUUUAUUUUUCAUCCUUUUUUCUUCCGGUGUCUGUCAAGGAACUAACUUGCUUUAACAUUCGUAUUCUAAUUGAGCUCUGUCAUGUAUAACCCGAUUCAACUGAAAAGCAUCCAUCUUUUACUAAUGGAAAAUGAGACAUUCAACAUUAAAUUCAGUUCAGUUUUGACUAAGUCAUUUGCAACACACACACAACUCACAUAUGGAUCAAGUGUGAACGAAGCAAUCCGAUGACUGAAGGAGGGCUGAAAUAUGAAUUUAUUUGAGGAAGACAAAUUCAGUGCGAACAAGUGUAUAUUUCAUGUUGUCACAGUCACCUGUGUCAAACAAUAAAUGUUUACAUAUUUUAUUACAUCAUAGAUGCAGUACUUUGUAGCUCAUUAUUGUACAUAACAGUUGAUUGUGACAUUUUCAUACACUUUCUGUACAAAUUGAACAAACACCUAGUUCAAUGUAGCUCAUCCAGUGAAGUCCAAAAGGCUGAGCCCACAUUGAAAAGCUGAGAUUCAAAACCUAAUAUAAGCAGGGAAAUGAACAGAAGGUUUCAGGAUUUUUAAGAGAAAAAAUAAAUAAAGUAAUAUUAUGAACAACGAAGAAGAAAGAAAUAUUUAGGGUUCUGCACUAAUUUGUGUUGCUAAUCAGGUAAGCUAAUUUGUCUAACUUCAAAUCUGAAGGGGUCAGAUUUCCCUGCUUCCAUUGAUGGACACAAAUUAUGCUGGAUAACAACAGCUGGCUUUUGUUCAAACUUAUGGAGUCCGUGUC